AUGACGGAGGGCAGACCACUCAUGUUUACGCUCCUCAUUCAGAGGUUAAACAGUGUCCUAGUCAUGGUCUCCUGCGGAUCUAUUUCGAACCUCUCCUCCCGUACGCGCUCGCGAACCAGCACAAGCUCGAAACCCCUCGCGAGUGGCCCGGCCACAGCUUACCGCUCGACAGAACCAGAUCGACGAGUUCCGUUUAUCGCUUGCGGGUCGGUCCAGCGGGUACAUCGACCAGGAACGCGCCUACUUGACGAUCGUCCAACGGUGCCUGUCCAUGUGUGGCGUGAAACACAUGAGAUGUACGAGAAACAGAUCACGUUUGAGCAUUACGAGGAUCUACCUCUUUGGGCGAUACGCUCUCCAAGCGAGCAUGAAACCGCUCGGUACCCUGCUUCAGUCAAAGCGCUUGCAACCGCCACGUUUCUCACCCGAAAAACAACUUCUGAGGCGCAGAAGCGGAUGUUUAGUUUAGGGCACUUUGAUGAUCAUAGCGACGACGGGUAUACUAUUGACAAUCGCAUGGCCAAGGACAAUUUAACCGCCUUCGUGUUCGGCGUGCCGAAAAAGGAAACUUCGGAAAGUUAA